AUGAGAGCUAUCAUAAGCUUUAAGAAAAGAGAGUUGGCUAAUGAAUUACCUGCGCUAGAAAACAUAACCAUUAAUCUCGCAAAACUAAAGCUACAAACAACUGAGGUUUCAGCCUUCAAGAAUGACACCCUCAUUAGGGAUGACAAAGCUAAAACUGAUAUUGCUGUGGUUAUUAAUGGGGCGCUAUGGUGGAAACAAAUGGAGUGUGUAGCUCUCAGACGAAGUUCUCUGUCAUUCUUUACAGCUGAGCAUACAUCAGAAACUGCUGUUUCCAAAUGGGAAAGGGCUAGCAUUAGGGCAGCCAAGAUUGGAAAAGGUUCAUCCAAGGAUGAGAAGGCUCAGAAAUUAGUUUUAUUGCACUGGCUUGAAGCUAUUGAUCCACUGCAUCGUUAUGGCGGCAAUCUCUACCCUUAUUAUGAUGUCUGGCGACAAAGUGAGAGCAAUCAGCCUUUCUUCUACUGGUUGGACAUUGGAGAUGGCAAAGACGUCAGCCUUGAGAAGUGUUCAAGAGCUAAUUUACAGCUUCAAUGCAUCAAAUAUCUUGGACCUAAAGAGAGGGAGGCAUAUGAAGUGAUUAUGGAGAAGGGAAAGCUUGUUUACAAACAAUCUAGGGUUUUGGUGGAUACGCCCAAAAGUUCUCAGUGGAUUUUUGUGCUGGGUACCUCAAAGGACUUUUAUGUUGGGGAGAAGAAGAAAGGCUUCUUUCAGCACUCAAGUUUUCUUGCUGGGGCUGCCACAAUGGCAUCUGGGAGAUUGGUUGCGCACAAUGGCAUCCUCCAGGCUAUAUGGCCAUUAAGUGGUCAUUAUCGUCCAACAGAAGAACAUUUCAAGGAAUUUUGCAGCUUCUUAGAGGAUCAUCACAUAGACUUGACGAAUGUCAAGAAAUUUGAUAUUGACGAAGAUAUCGCCCCUAAAGUUAUAGAAAUCAAGGAGCCUAGCAAAUCAGAAGAGUCUGUAGUAUUAACUCAUGAAUCCAUCGAUGAGGCAAAAGCUCAUGCAAAUGAGAUGAACAAAGAUGAAGAAUCCAUGAAAGUCCUGGAAGAAUCAGCAGCAGGCUCAGAGGAUUGCCAUUGUUAA